GAACCUCGGCCUGCCAAAACUGCAACAAUUUUAACAGCACGUUGCAGACCGUAGCCACUACGUGUUCCACUACACCAUUUCAGCCUGAAAGUUUUGCCCGCUGCCCGUUGCAGCCACGGGCCGAUUAAACGUUAUAGCGAACUCGUAGAAGCUGCUAGCUAACAACCUAUUGUAUCCAGGAAAGAGAAGCGUCAGUACCGCGGGCAUGCCUCUUUGAGGUUCCUGGCUGAAAUGGGCUGCGGGGCUAGCACUCAUUCACAAGUAGUAGCCCAAAAGACACGCGCCGGCUCGCAGCAGGAGGCAGGCGCGCCCGUACCAGUUGCAGAGGAGCAGCUGAGAGACGCGGCCAGUAGGCCGGCGGCAACAGGGACAGCAGGCGCAACGCCAAAAAGCCCCCAGGGGAGCAUCUCCACUGUGGAGGGAUCCGAUGCGGCAGCUUCCAACGGGCAGCAGCAGGAGGGCGAGGCCAACAGCAAUGGCGGUCAACCUCGUGCAGGCGUCUUGCAAGGAACCGAAGGGGCGCAAGGCAAUGGCAGUGAUGCCGCUGCAGACGCCAACGGCAACGGCAACGGCUUGUUAGAUCCGGCUGUGACGCCGCAUGGGGGCACCGCCACCGUCACGUUGGGGCUGGGAGGUGCCGGCGGCGGCGGCGGCGGCAGCGAGUCGGCGUCCCACGGCUUCAACGCCCGCUCCCGCUACACCAACCAGUCUGAGCUGUCCAUGGCCUCCACCAGCUAUGACCUGUCGGGGCGGGGCGACAGUGACAGCGAGGACGAGCUGGAGGCACUAUUCACAAUGGCCAGUUGGAAGCGCUUCUACAACUACAACAAGAAGAAGCACCAUGACCUGCUGACUUACUUCUGGCGCAAGUUCCCUCCCUCGGGCUUCAGCCUGUGGUGUGUGAGCUACCGCUACGGCGACCUACUGCUGGCGCCGUUCAUGGCGGACAACGUGGCGGCGGGGUACAUGGCGCGACUGGAGGAGCUGCCGUCCUAUGGGGGAGGAGCAGCAGGGGGCGGAGGGGGAGGUGGAGGCGGGCAGGACGGCCCCGGGCACCUGGCUGACGAGGUAUUUUGCCAGAUGUACAGCCUGCACGAUUACGAGAUGGACGAGUACCGGGUGGUGGGGCUGCUGCUGGCGCCCGGCAGUGCGGUGCCGCAGGCGCUGGCGGCACUGAGCACCUUUGACGGCUUCGCCUACCUCAAGGCCGAUAGCGGCAGCACACACGUCAAGCAGUUCGUAAGCGCGUUGCUGGUGGGCAAGAGCCCGCUCACAACCCUGUCGCUGCUGAGCGGCCGGGAGGUGUCGUAGGCGAUACGCAGCUGGCGAGGGACUGAAGCCUUGAGGCUGCCGUUCUGUGCCGGACGAAAAGCGCGUUGGGAGGAGCCCUGAGGUGCAAGGCAGGGCAGGGUAAGAAGAGAGAAGGGGCAGGGACGCAGGGUAGCUGGGAAGUACGUGGAUUCACGCAGAUAUAACUAAAUGUACCGUGAUGGUACGGUGACCUUGGGAUGAUGAGCUCCAUUGCCCAGUCUUGAAAGGUGCAGGGGCAGUGCAUGUAUGGUAUGUGCCGAAUGCAUGAUCGGGGUUGCAGCUUGGUUAAGCCCGAGGCAGCGGCGCUCGAUGUUACGGGCGGGUUGGUUGUGGACGUGUGUUGCCCAUGGCUGACAUGACCAGGUCCGCGGCACCGCGGCGCUGUGACAGCGCCUCUGCCCUGACAUACUCGUUUCUGAGUUUGAUGUUUGAGGCAUUCCUCACAUGCCCUUCAUUACCGUAUGUGUAUGACCGUGAGAAUGACCUCGGUAUACGUACACCACGGUAUACCCCCAAUGUCUUCGUUGUGUUUUGCGACUCCAGUAGACAGGGCACCAUAUAACGUAAU